AUAAAAUAUCAAAAUAAAAAGUACGUUUAUCUGAUCAAAAGUUAAAAUAAAUGAAAGUAAAAGGUCAAUAAACCAUCAAAAAAAUCACCGCUGAAGAGAUUUUUGUACAGUAAAUUGUAGCAAAACAAGUGAAAUUGUCAACUCUACGAUUGCAAUUGAGCCAAUAAAUUUUUUUAGUGCACAAUUAAAAUUGAUUGAAAGUAUGAAGAACGGAAGAUCAAAUAGAUUUUGCGCGGUGAAUAUUGUGUGGAUGUUGUUGUUGUUGCUCGAUAUCGGAGGUUUUCAUGUUUUUGGUAAAAAAGUUGAAAAAAAUUUUCAUGGAAAUGAGCAAAAGAAAAAUGUUUUGCUUUUGUUAGCUGAUGACGGUGGCUUCGAAAUGGGCGCUUAUCGCAACAGAAUUGUCCAAACCCCAAACUUAGAUCGUCUUGCCAAAAAAAGUCUCAUUUUCAACAAUGCUUUCACUUCAGUCAGCAGUUGCUCCCCGAGUCGUGCUGCCCUCUUAACGGGCCAACCGAGUCACGAAAACGGCAUGUACGGUCUCCAUCAAGGAAUUCAUCAUUUUGACAGUUUCCGCAACACAAAAUCUCUCCCGAAUAUUCUCAAAAAUCACGGAAUCGCAUCCGGUAUCAUUGGCAAAAAACACGUCGGUCCUUCAGAAACUUUCAAAUUCGACUACGAACGAACUGAGGAAAAAUAUUCCGUGAAUCAAGUUGGUCGAAAUAUUACUUUAAUCAAAACUUUUGUUCGUGAAUUCUUGGAAACCUACAAAAAUGAAAAAUUUUUCCUCAUGGUUGCAUUUCACGAUCCCCAUCGAUGUGGCAGAAUCACUCCGCAGUACGGAAGUUUCUGCGAAAAAUGGGGAAAUGGUGAAACCGGGAUGGGACACAUCCCAGAUUGGCAGCCUAUUUAUUACGCUUGGGAUGAAAUUGAUCUCCCUUACUACAUUCAAGAUACGGAAGAGGCUCGCAGAGAUGUCGCUGCCCAAUACACGACAAUUUCGCGUCUCGAUCAAGGUGUUGGGUUAGUUUUGAGAGAAUUGGAAGCAGCUGGUUUGGCAAAUGAUACUUUGGUGAUGUACACUUCGGACAAUGGACCUCCUUUUGCAAGUGGGCGCACAAAUUUGUACGAUCCCGGAGUUCGAGAGCCAUUUUUCUUACAUUCUCCGGACAAUACAAAACGUCAGAAUCAAGUCACUUAUUCGAUGACCAGCUUAAAUGAUGUCGUUCCAACAAUUUUGGAUUGGUUUAAAAUCCCUUUGAAACACAAAUCUCGUAAAAAUGAGUUAACCGGGAAAAGUUUGUUGCCACUUUUGGAUCAUGAACCCACUGAAGAUAACACAACGGCAGUUUUCAUGAGUCAAUCCUUCCAUGAAGUCACAAUGUCUUAUUUUAUGAGAGCAAUUCGAACAAAACGUUACAAAUUAAUCCAUAAUUUGAACUAUCAAAUCCCGUUCCCGAUCGAUAAAGAUUUUUACAUGUCACCAACGUUCCAAGAUAUCCUAAAUCGAACUUUGGCCAAACAAAGUUUGCCUUGGUACAAAAGUUUGAAGGAUUAUUACUAUCGCCCUGAGUGGGAAUUGUAUGAUUUGCAUUUAGAUCCGGAGGAAUUGAGAAAUCUUGCCGGAAAAGCUUCGAUGAAAUUCAUUCAAAAGGAUUUGGAAGACAGACUAAACGAAUGGUUGGAACAAACUAAAGAUCCUUGGAGAUGUGCCCCACAUGCAAUUUUACAAGAUGCAGGUCCAUUCAAAAAUAAAAAUAAAUGCAUGACUUUGGGACAUAUGCUAUAAUCCUGAAAAUCGGACAUUAAGAAAUGUUAUUUUUAAUAAAUUUGUUAAUUUUUGCAUUAUUUAUUGAAUGCGAAUAAGGCGAAAAU